AUGUUGUCGAAAGUUCCAGGUUCUUCAAAAUGGGGAUUGGCCCCAAAGGAGGCCAUCAAAUUAGAAAAGGUUAAAUCUCGACCAUCCACAAAAUAUAAAUGUCCCAUUGAAAAAAAAGAGGAGAAUAAAUUAAAGAAGGGUGAUACAGAAGGAGGUAUAAAGAAUCAGAAAAAGGUGACAGAUCCUAUAUUCAGACCAAGCCUUCAUAAAAUCUGCAAAAUCAUAGUCUCAAAAAAUGAACCUAUUUUAUAUUAUCUCAGAGACAAUGAUGAUGAAUAUCCUCCAAAAAUAAAAGAUAAUGGCAUGCCCAUAUAUGUAUACAAUAUUGAUGAGACGUCUAACAAUUCCUCAGAACAAAUAAAAGGUAAUAAGUAUUCUCCAGAUGCCUCUUUCAGAUUACUGGUAUAUGGGGGUUCUAAUAGUGGAAAAACAAAUAUGGUUAUUAAUCUUAUGUUAGAUAAAAAGCUCCAAUAUAUGUUUAAUAGAAAAAAAGAUAAUUGUGGUCGACAUCAAAAUAUCUCACCCAUAUAUGUAAGCCAGAAAUAUACCCAAACUCCAAAAAUUAUUCGUGAAAAUAUCUCACAUUUAUACUUAUUCUGGGGAAGUGGUAGUCGAGAUAAUAUUAGCAGAAUCAUAUGCCAGUAUACAGAUGAUCCAAAAAAAGCAUCUAAAAUUAUUGAUAAACAUUUAAGAGAUCGAAAUUUUGUAGUUUUUGAUUUUACUAAAGCAGUAGAAGAUCUUUUAAGUGUAUGGCUUAGUUGGGAUGCACCCCUGAAAUUAGAUGAAUAG